AGUGUAUCAGUUAAAAUAUGCAUGGGCUGUGAAGCGUGUGAACGGAAGGGGAACUCAAUCUGCCGGAACCUUCGGUAAAGCCGUUAGGGAAUCAAAUAAGAGUUGCACGUCACGUGUCAUACUGGUAUUCGGCUUUUGUGCAGGCACCCGUUUCCGUUAAGAGCACCAUGUCUUGUGCUACUGACUAUGACGUGCAGUUCGCGUCGCGUUUCUCCGCGGAGGACGCAGAGUUCCAGCGGUACCGGGAGCGCGCGCCCGACCCACCGCCCGUGCUCGAGGACUGGAGAGCGGCGCGCGGACGCAGGGACAGACGAGUCCCGGAGCAGCGUCAGCACGAGCCCCGCGGGCAUCAUUUCCCGGACCGCCGCAAUGAACGGAACUCCGGCGCUCACGGCCAGAGGUCACGUUACUGACCACGGCGUCGGCUUCUGAUCUAGUGUGCGAUGUUUGUUUGAUCAUUCCUUUCUUUGGUGGAAUUAUACUUCCAUUUGUAAAUAAAGCUGUUCAAAUGAU